GAUGACACAGAAGCACCAUAAAGUGAGUCUAAAAAAGAUUCUAAAUGGAGUAAAAUGAGGGUUUUCUAUUUCAGUAUUCAGUUUUUUCUUAUUACCAAAUUUGAAGCAUUAAUUCAACUGUAAACACCAUAUAAACCGUGACUUUCAUUUCUCCUGUUCUUUUUCUUUCUCUCCCUGUAAAAAGGAUUUCUUUCCCUCCAAAAGAAUCCCUUUCUCCACCUUCAAGAAAUCUCUCCUUUCUCCUCCAUGUAUCCCAGGUUGAUGAUGAGAUUACUAAUAAUAUCACGCUGAUGAUGAUGAUGAUGACCAUGGAAAUCCCAUCUCCUGUUUUUCAUCUCAACCUUCCCAACACUUCUUCUCAGAGACCUUCAAAGUUAUGGUCUCUAAAGUUCAACAAGAAACCGAAUUAUUUCGGUGUUGUGGGAGUUCAAAAGAAGAAAAGGCAAUCCCCGAAGAUGAUAAGGUCAAUAUUGGAUAAUAGAAUGCUGAACAUUGGUACUGCUGAUGAAGGAUCGACAAAACCUGUGAGGUUUCUUUUGGAGACAUUGUUUGCACAGACACAAAAGCUGGAAGAACAGAUAAGCAGAGCUUCCAGCACUACUGAGGGGAUUGAUUUAGGGCUUACUCUUGAAAAUGUGGAAUCAGACCUUCAAGCUGCCUUAGCAGUAUUACUAAACAAGGAAGAAGAUCUCAAGAAAACUGAGAGUAUGUUGCUGUUGGAAGAUGAAGAAGUUAAUCGGGCAAAAGAAGAGUUGGAACGUCAAGAAGAAGAAAUUGCUGCAGCUCGGUCGAAACAGGAAAAAAUUGAAGAGGACUUGAAGCGGGCUAAUAUCAAUCUAGCCUCUCAAGCCAGGCAAAUAGAAGAUCUUAAACUUACAGUCAAGGAGAAGGACCGACAUCUUAGUGCUGCAAAAUCUGCACUCUCUUUGAAGGAAGACGAACUCGAUAAGAUGAGAAAUGAGUUAACUCAAAAGACUGAGGAGGUUACAUUGAUGGGUUCAGAAUUGAACUCCAGGAUUCAGCUCCUAAAUGAGGCUACUGAGGUAAUCAAGAGACAAGGGCUCGAGGUCCAACAACUUCACAACAUAGUUAAUGCAAAGAAACUUGAGCUACAAGAGUCGAUUAAGAUGAGGGAACUUGAGAGAGGGAGACUGGAACUUGCGGAAGAACAUUUACAAAAGCGGACUGUGGAGUGGUUAUCAGCAAAAGAAGAACUAAAAUUCCUGGCGGAAAAUGCACACAGAAAUUUGGCCGAAGCUAAUGAAACUUUUGAAGAUUUCAAGAGGGUGAGGAAGCUUCUUGUGAAUGUGAAAUCUCAGCUAGUUUCUUCCCAGAAGUCUUUGGCAUCUUCCCGGCAGAAAAUGGAAGAGCAUGGGAACCAACUUGAAAACCAAUUGGAAGAAUUGAAGAAACAAAAGAGUUUUAUGAUAUCUUACUUGAAGAAUUUGGAAAAUGCACAAGUUGAGGUAGAGAGCGAGCGAGCAGGUAUUGACCUUGCAAAGAAUCGAAAUAAGGAGGUAAAACGGGACUUGAAUCUGGACGAGGAGUUGAUAACACAGUUACAAGAGGAGUUGAAUAAAGAGAGGUCCUCUCUUGAAUUGGCAAACCAGGAGAUUAUUUCCAUUCAGACUAAGCUAGAAAAAAGUACUUCUGAAUUUGAAGAGACGCAAAAUCUCCUUAGUGUUAAAGAGUCAGAACUAGUGGAGACCAGGCUUCAACUUCAGCAUCUAAAAUCUGAGUGGACUUCCAGCCAACUUAUUUUACAAGAGAGGGAUACUGAUCUUCUCCAUGCACGGCAAAACUUGGAGGAACUAAAUCUUGAUAUUGCAGAAUUGAAGAGGCUCUUGACCAGCAGAGAGGAACAGCUUAUUCAAGCCAGGACGGAGUUACAGGAUAAAGAUAAGGAAGUUGAUGCCAUACAAUCUGAACUCAAUGACACAAAGCUGAAUUACUCAGAAGCUGCUAGUGUUGUGAAAAGGAUCACUGACUUAACAAACAAGUUGGUUCUUUCUAUGAAGGAAGAUGAAGAAGGAUAUGAUGGUUCAGCAAGCUUUCCAUUAAAAGAGGAAAUCCAAUUGUCAGGGAUGGAUCAUUUACUACUAAACGCAAUUGAGAAACCAAUACAGAUUUCCAGAAGGGAGAUGAAGCAGUUGGAAACUGAGCUUGAGAUGACAAAGGAAAGUUUGAGAGAGAAAGAAAUGGAGGUUCUCGCUUCGCAGAGGGCUUUGCUUGUAAAGGAUGAGAAGCUGAAAACAGUUAUUAACAGACUGGAUGACAAGGAAGGGGAGCUGAGCAGGAUGAAGGAAGAAAUGGUGGACGAUGCUAAUGGCCUGAGGAAACUGUAUGAGCUUGCACAGGAGAAAAUUGGGGACAAAACCAUAGGGGACCUAGCAAUUGAGAGGCUUCAGCUUGAAGCAGCCCAGCUAGAGGUGGAAACUGCAACUACCGCGCUUCAAAAGCUUGCUGACAUGAGUGGUGAGCUACUGGACAAAGCUAACAGUACUGCACAGGCAAACAUUGAUGACAUCUUCCCGGAAGUAUUACUUGUUCAAGAGAGGGAAAUGCGUCUCUCAGAAGCAGAAUAUGAAAUCGCCCGACUCUCUGAUUUGACUGAACAACUUGUGAAGGAUGCAGGAAUACUUGAUGGUUCUACAAACUAGAAAGUAAUAUUACAGUUCUUGAUCAGUCUUGUAGAUAUCUGACCGAACUUUUGUACUUAAAACUUAGGCAGGCAGGUGCAAAGAAUUUUGCUCUUUGUUUUUUCUGUUAUUUUUUAUAGUGAAGCUCACUCAUGAUCCCUCCAUGUUCCAUAAUUGAACAAUUGGUUUUACCUCUGUACAGCAUAGCAUAGCAAAGCACAUUUAAAAAGGGUUUAUGGUUU